AUGGACAAGUCGGAAUCUUCAGGUUACAAAGAUUUUGUGUGGGCAAUUGGAAUAAACCGUCUCAAUUUAAAAUUGGUCGGUUUAUGGCCUAAAACUAAUGAAGUCUCUAAAAGAAGACUCGGUUCUGACAUUUGUGCGGGUUUCACUUUUAUUAUGCUAGCAUUUGUCAUUGGUAUUCCUAUGGUACAUGCGCUUAUACGAGUUUCGGGUGAUAUGGCGCUAAUGAUAGACAAUUUACAAAUGACAUUAAUUAUAUUGACCAUUUUAUUAGAAUUUCUUAUUAUGCGACGGAAACAAGAAGUGAUAUCAUCCAUAAUUAUUAUGAUAGAAGAGGACUGGUUGAGGCUAAAGUUAAACACAGAGAGAGAUGUAAUGAUAAAGCGCGCUUGGAUCGCUCGACUAGUUACAAUUUCUGUUGCCGUUGUAACAAUACCGGCAUAUACUUUUCUUAUCAUUAUACCUUAUUUCCACUUACCAGUCAGACAGUUGACGAAUCUCACGGAUCGAAAUAGGCCCUUACCUCUGCAAACUUAUUAUGUUUACGACACUGAUAAUAGUCUGCAAUUUGAGUUGACGUUUUUCGCUCAAGCUAUAGCAGUUCUACUAGCCAUAUUUAUUUACGUUGGGGUAAGUGGAUUUUUGGGAUUUGCGAUUCUUCACAUGUAUGGUCAGUUGGAGAAUUUCAAACGUCAACUAAACAAUUUGACCUCAUGCAAAGAUUUCAAUAAAGCUCUGAGUAGUUGCAUAGUGACUCAUUUACGUCUGAUCAGAUAUGCCAAUAAUGUCGAACAUACAUUUACACUAAUAUUAUUUCUGUUGGUACUCGAGUUUAGUAUAAUAUUUUGUUUAUGCGGAUUUGUACUGGUUAUUAUGAUUACUGACGAAAAUAUGAACACGGCAAAGUUGUCACAAUUAAGUUAUACGUUAAUAGUUGUCAUUUCUCAGCUUAUGCAAACGUUUAUCUACUGCUUUGGCGGAGAUUUAAUAUCUGGACAAGUAAAUCACAUAUUUAUGCAUACAAUACAGUAA